UUACAUGUAAUGGGACAUUGCGUUGAAGAAGAAAAUGCCAGCUAUAGUUAUUAAAGACUAUUCUUGGCGUCAAACUUCAGAAUUUGUUAUAUUGAACGUACCUUUGAAAGGCCAUCCAAAAAAAGUUGACUUAUUCGUAAUAGAUAAUUACGUAAAGAUCAGCUUUCCACCAUUCAUAUUAGAAUUAUUUCUUUGGGCUAAUGUUGUUGAGAAUGAAAGUAAAUGUACUUUGACGGAAGAAGAAGCAAUAGUUGCUUUGCAUAAAACAAACACUAAUUUGGAGUGGCCUACUCUCGAGGUGCAAGAUAUUAACAAUGAUUUUAAACGAGAUUGCCGUACUCAAGCUUUAGAACAUGCUCAAAAACUGGCCGAAGAAAAUAUGAAACUUAAGAGUGAAAAGCGUCAAUAUUUACAAAAGGAAGCAGUGAAAGAACAAAUCAGUGUCAAUACAGCUACACUGAAUAAAAUAGAUGCGAUACGGGACGCACACCGGAGAGAAGCUAUGCAGGAAUUUGAAGACUGGAGAUCGAAAGCUGAAUUACCAUUUCUUUCUAAUGUUGAAGGAGAAAUACAAGAAAAUAGAAAAGCUUACAAACCGCCACUAAAAUGGUUUAAAGACAAUGAUGUGUUAAAAUCUCGCCCGAUGACCGAGCAAGAAAUAUUUAAAGGUAGUAACACCAUAAAAGAAUUUAAAUCUAAAGCUGUCAACAAUCAGAAGGUUAUAGAAGUACAAUCGGUAAAUAUAAAUCAAGAGAGUAAUCUUCAAAUAGAGGUAUCAGACAAGAGAGAUGAUUCUCUUAUUAACAAAAACAACACCAGUUGUUCUCAAGAUUCUGAUUCAGAUUCGGAUAUAGUAAAAGCGACAAAUAAAAAAGAUUUAAGUAAGGUUUAUGAGAAACAGCAAAAAAGGAGACCAGGAUUAGAAGCUGUAGAAGCUGCGAUACAAGGUAAAAUUUUGAAAAGAAAUAACAUAUUCGAAGAACCUUCAAAAUCAGUACCAUUACCAAGAAAAACAGGUACAAUUAACGUAACAUUUUCGGAACGGAAGUUCCCAACACCGGCUAGGGAAAGCUCUCACAUUGAAGAACAAGAAUGGUUGCAAAAACAAGUAGAAGCAAGACGCAAAAUUGGUUUUAACGCGGAAGAUCUUCGACAGGAAGAACGAGAUCCGCAAUGGUUAAAAGAUAAAGGAGAUGAUUUCUUCAAAGUUGGAAAUUAUCUGGCGGCCAUAAGUGCUUACACAUGUGGCAUUAAGAUUAGUGAUAAAAUGGCAUCUCUCUAUGUGAAUAGAUCAGCAGCACAUUAUGCAUUAGGGAAUUAUUGUAGAUGUGUAGAAGACUGUUCUAAAGCACUAGAACUAAUGGAACCGAAAUGCGAAAGCAAUCGAGAGUCAAGGGCCAGGUGUCACGCUCGACGAGGCGCAGCCCUCUGUAAAUUGUCUGCGCCUCAGCAUGGUAUUCCUGAACUAGAAGCUGCUCUAGAGUUGACACCAAACAAUGAAAGUAUAAAACGUGACGUGUUGGCCGCGAAACAAUACUUCGACGUAAAAGACUAAUAAGUGCACAAAUCUGUUUGGGAUCCGGGCAACAUCCUGCUCCUUUGCAACGUGUCAAAACGGUAGAUGCAGGAUAAAAAACUUCGUCCGGGCUAGGGCC